CACCACCUCUUGAGUUCUGUAAUUCUCCAUCUGCGGUAUCCCAACGCCCAUACCCACUGGUUCAGCUCUUUGCUUCUCCACCUCCUUGUGGAGGUGAAGGACGAUCGCUUCCGUGAAGUGAUGACUCGCGUGCUUCUGGAGCGCUUCAUUGUUCAUCGUCCUCAUCCUUGGGGCGCUUUGGUCACCUUCAUUGAGUCGCUCCGCAAUUUGAAGUAUGAGCUCAUUCGCGUCGCACCUGAAGUUACUUGA